AUGGAUGAAUGCACCACUGAUUCCCGGUCGGAAAAGCGACCGACCCCAUCCGAAGACACUUCACGGGCGAAGCGGGGAAAAUACACCUCGGCUGCAUGUAAUCUGUGCAAGAAAAGGAAGCUCAGAUGUGUGCCGAGCCAAGACGGCGGCAGCUGUCAGCGGUGCGCCGGGGCCGAACUUCUGUGCGUAUUUGACGCACCGUCUCGGCAGGCCGGGCGAGAAAAGACUGAGAACAGCAACAACGACCAACUGAGACUUCUGCUGAGCGAGCUGGCGGGGCUGCGACGCCAGGUCGGUGAUUUGGCAGGGGCAGUGCACGAAUUGCAACAGAGCGUCUACAGCGGCAGCAAUGACGUCGUCAAGAACGUGUCAUCGCCAUCUCAUGGCAGGGCGUUUGCCGACUCGCCAAACACGCAAGCACCAGGGUUGCGCCGGAAGCCAAAGUUUAUGGGGCCGACGAGGCCCGACUUCGACUUCCAGGUUGGCGAACGGGCCCUUCAUCGCAUGGGCAUCCCCCUUGUCAGUAGCGAUAGUGACGGAGAGGCGGUAGCACACAGUUGCAGCCAGUCACCGGUGCCCUCAACACCCACAGAGACAGCGACUGCAGCUGCAGCUGCAACGGCAGAGGCCAGCGCCGGUGGCAGCUUCCAUCCCCAUCUUCGCUGGACUACCGACGAGAUUGUGCGGCUGCUCGGCGUGUACGACGAAGACGUAAACUCAGUGUUCCCAUGCAUCGACGUGGCCGACCUGGCUGCACAGCCGCAGGCAAUCCGCGACGACGUCCUGCGCUGUCUGCGUCAGCAGGAGAGCGUUUUGCUGCCCGAUACACGUGCAUCUGCAGGCGCCGGCGAUGCUGCCUUGGCCCGUGUUGUCAUCGCCACGGCCGUCGUUCUCGAGGCCCGCGGCCGCAAUACCGUCAGCGAGAUGCUCGUGAGCCCCGUCGAGCGGAAUGUGUCGUGCAUCGCCAGCCCCGAACCAGACAUGAAGGAAGUGCAGCUGCUGGCCGUUUUGAGCAUAUACUACUUCCACAUUGACCAGGACCUUCUCGCAUGGAGAGCCAUCAGCGUAGCUGCCCACGAAAUGCUGGAGAUGGGUCUGCACAGGAAGCAGAGCCUACUGGAAAACUAUAAGUCGUCCAACGCCCGCCAGCUGGCUACACGUGUCUUCUGGUGCGUCUACGUACUCGACCGCCGCUGGAGCAUUGGCAUCAGUUUGCCCUUCGCGCUCCGCGAUCGCGACCUCGAUCCAGAGCUUCCAGAGCCGGGCCUCGACUUGCCAUACCUUCAAUCCAUGGUAGGCUACGGCCGGCUAUGCUCGCAGCUGUGGGAUGCCAUUCCGGUGCUGCAUAGUACUGGCGGCGCUGGAGGUUUAGGCCCGCGGCAGCUGCUGCAGGAUGACCAGGUGGCCUUGUUGGACCUGCGCGUGCAGGAGUGGCUGGCCCAAAUUCCAGCGGAGCUGCAACUGCGGCAUCCGCGGCUAGGCCUGGCGCCACGUGUCCAGCCACACGUGCUUCAUCGCCUGCGUACGCUGCUAUACCUCAGGGCAAACAGCCUUCGCAUCCUGCUGCAUCGCCACCGUCUGCGCAGCCCAACGGCCAUUGAGGCUGAUCCGCAUGGCGCCUGGCUGGUCGUCGACAUCGCCAUGGACAGUAUCCAGGUGCUGUUUCACCUGAAUGAGACGACUGACAUCUAUGCUCGGCAGCAGCGCGCUUUCAAUUACUUCUUGCUUAGUGCUCUGGCCGUUCUCUUUCUGGCCGUGUGUCACGCGCCGCGCAUCUUCACAGAGCCCUGUCGCCGCAGCUUUGGCGAUGCCGUCGCGCUCAUUCGCUGCUUCUCACACGACAGGACUGUUAGCCGCCGGCUCUGGCGUAGUAUCCGCGGACUGCUGCCAGCCUUGCGGCGUCUUGGCCUGCACGAGGACGGCCAGAAGGCGGUGAUGGCCACAUCAGCGUCGAGAGCACCCUCGGCGGCGACAUCUGUGGCAACGGCAGCAACGGAAGGCACAGAGGCGGUGGCGCCUGUCCAAUAUGUCGAGGCACAUAACACUUCAACGGCUGUCAUCGCUGGCGACGCUGCUGGUCGCCUUCAAAUGUGGAAUGCUGCUGACCCAUACAUGCAGAUGGGCGACUCGCUGUACGAUGACACCUUCGGUGGGCCAGUCCCCGACAUGUUUCAAGUCGACACAGAUCUCCUCACGCUCUUUGAUAUAUUCGGGCAAGGACAGCAGUUGGAUGAGGGGCUGCAUGCAGACGUCUUCGCGGACGGGCCGCUCGUCGGAGAAGGAGGCGGCAUCUCGCAGCGAUUCCAGUGGCUGAUUUAA